UCAAAGAUAUAACCUACUAUUGUAUGUACAUAUGUACAUACAUACACGACGCUCAUCAUCGAUCGAGCUACGUAGUAGUGAUUGAUAGUACAAAGUUACUAGUUGUUAAUUGAAGCAGUCAAAUAUCGUGUAAUUAAAAAAAAUACAAAUAUGAAUGUCAUAGUAAAUAAUUACAAACAGCCUGCGAAGAUUGCUAUCAAUUUAUUCAAGAGUGAUGUGUGUGGUAAUCUUUCAAAAAGAUGCGCCACUACUGUAGCCGAUUACAAAAUCACCUGGGUACGACCAGAGAAGAUCUUGAAUUUGUCAUCCGAAAUGUCUGGUGAGGGAUUAAAAGUCGAAGUCAAUCCGUCUGAUUUUGGUAAAAUAUACGACGAGUUAUCUGAACUGAAAAAUGCUAGCGAUAUUGUUAAAAGGAUGUUCAUGUUACGAUUUCUACCUCGCAAAGCAACAAUCGCACUCAAAAGGGAAAAGAUUUUGGAAUUGGUCAGAAGACACAAGUUAGAUUCAAUAUCACCAGAAGCUCAGAUUGCUAUUAUGACUUGUGACAUAUGUGAAUUACAAGAACAAUUUGCAAAAUAUCCCACAAAUAAGAAGAUAAAAGUCAAGUUGCUAGAAACAAUUGGAAAGCGAAGGAAAUACUUGAGAUACUUGCGACAGUGGGAUUAUAGACGUUUCGAAUGGAUUUUAGAGAAACUUAAUCUUGUUUAUAAACCAGUACCUGAGUUACCACAUCAAAUUACCAGAAAAGAUUCUUUAAGACAAUUAACAGAAAAGCAUUGCAACAAGAUUAUGCAAGAAAAAUUAGAUGCUUACAAAAAAGAAUUGAAAGAACUGCAAAAGGAUUUUUAUAUAGAAAAAGCAAAGAAGUUUGCAUUUAUCAGGAAGGAAGAAUUGGCAUGUGGAUUACAACCAUCUGUGAGUGAAGAGGAUAUCGCACGCGCUGAGCAAAAAGCAAAAGAAUAUCAAAUGUGAUAUGUGAUAUUGAUAUGUUAUAAUUUAGAAACAAUACAAGAAUAAACAAGAAUUUACAUUGUUGUUAA